AUGCACUUUCUGAUGACGCCAACUGAAGAACAGAGAACCCAGGACAUCCGUUGGGCGACUUUGGUCAGUAUACCCGAGACACAAUCGACCUUCGACCACAGCCAACGUUUCGAUAGCCUCCACAGCAGUCUAGCUGAAGAGUUCAACGUGGUGCUGAACGCCAUGGAGCGGGCGAAGGAGAAGUACUGUACUUUCCAUCGCAAUGCGGAGGCAUCAAAGGCCAAUCUUAUCCAAACCAAGGCCGAGCUCGACCGGGGUCACAGCCCUCCGGCAACAGGAGCUGGCCAAAUACAGAGAGGCCACCGAGAUCAAUUGAAGGGCGAUUUGAGUGAUGGAUCGGCAGCUUCACAAGUCGAAACGGGAAUAUUCAGGAGCUUGGGCACCUUCGGGGCGGCAAUUCCCGCGGGUCAACGCGCAGACAUUACUGUGUUCCAUAUCCGGUGUUAA